AUGCGGAAAGACAAAGGUCGUCUUCAGGAAUUCCAGGUCAUUGGGCGCCAUCUGCCCACGGAGGCCAACGCGACUCCGGCCCUCUACCGCAUGCGCAUCUUUGCGCCUAACCAGGUAGUGGCCAAGUCCCGUUUCUGGUACUUCCUCCGCGGUCUGCGGAAGGUCAAGAAGGCGACUGGCGAGAUUGUCAGCGUCAAUGUGAUCUCCGAGAAGCACCCCCAGAAGGUCAAGAACUUCGGCGUCUGGAUCCGUUAUGAUUCGCGCUCCGGCACCCACAACAUGUACAAGGAGUACCGCGAGACUUCCAGGACGGCUGCGGUAGAGGCCCUCUACUCCGACAUGGCCGCCCGCCACCGUGCUCGCUUCAGGUCGAUCCACAUUCUCCGCGUUGUCGAGAUCGAGAAGAACGAGGAAGUCAAGCGCCCCUAUAUCAAGCAGCUCAUCACCAAGAAGCUCAGCUUCCCCCUCCCCCACCGUGUUCCCAAGAUCAGCACCAAGAAGAUCUUCAGCGCCAAGCGCCCGUCCACUUUUGCUUAA